AACCAGAAGAGCAAUUAGCAAGUGCAGAUAUACAGUGUGAAUAAAUACAGAAUACAAUAUUAGGAAAAUAAUUUACGAUGGGCAUUUACUAUAAAAAUAUGACAAUCGGUAUGUACUAUGAACAAUAUAUACAGAAGGCUAUAUACUGUGAACAUUAGUGUACAGGAGGUUAUGAACAGAUAACAAUAUAGACUAUACAAUAGUGCAAGUGACUUGAGUGUGCAAUAAUGACAGCAGGCACGCCCACAGCGUUUGAGAGCAGUCUUUCCUAACCUAUAUUAUUAACCUGGCUUUUUUAUUUAUUUAAACUUGGCUGGGUGGUAAAUAACACAUUUUUUCUCUUGUGUGACACACUCAGAACACAUUUAAAAAAAAAAUUACCCGGACUGAAAAAAGGUAUUUGCAUUUCUCGCUGUUGGAUCGUAACCAGGUUAUAAGUAUUGCUUUACAAUGCCAAACAAGAAACAGGAGCAAGAGACAAACAACAGAGAGCAGCCAACUUAUUAAUUUAAACUCAAACAGGCUGUUCAUCAGCUAAUCGAAAGUUUAAGACCGUAGCCUUAAAAAGUUGAAAUCUGCACAAAAAUAUGGCUUUCAUUUCAUUGUUCUUCAGGAAGUCACACUGUAGUGAUUUCCUGGUGGCAAAGGAAAAAGGCUUUCCGUCUUUGAAUGUGGCAGGAUUGUUGAGCUGCAAAAGCAAGGGAUCUCUCAAACAUGCCAUCGCUGCCGAGGUUGGACGCAGUCAGACAGUCAUUGCAAAUUUCUUAAAAUAUCCUGAGAGCUAUGGGACUAAAAAGUCAAGUGGUAGACCCCAAAUGACAGUCAUUUACUGUCACCUGCUCAUAGACACCAGAUUCUUUGUUUCUCUUAGAUUCAAAUCUCACGCCUAAGUGAAUUGUGAAAAAACUUAAGGUGGUGAAUUAACGAACUAAAUGCACCAUGCAACAAUCUGCAAAUGUAGCACUUAUACAUCGUUUAAAAACAUGGCUCUCAAUUCCUUAACAUUUGGACUUUCUUUAGUGCCAUCAACAUCAAUACCAUAGACUGAUGUCUGCAGGAAUGUGUACAUGCUGUUGAGAGCAUCAUCAUAGCUUACACCAAAAUCGAAGUGAGCUUUGAUCAGUUGGCUGCCAAUGAUGUGGCUCCCUGGCAUGGGAUAAGUAUCUUGUCAAUCACAAUGUAGUAGGUGCUGAUGGCUUGCUUCAGAGUUCCAGAGGCAAGGAGGAAUGGCUGGCGUUGUCCCUCUUGACUCUCCAAAUGUUAUUCUAAGCACCUACAUGACAAAACAGAGAAAUUGCAAAAAAAGGCCCCCUCGUGGCCGCUAAGCAUCAGACAUUUUACUGUGACUCUCUCUCUCCUAUGGGAAGAUUACUUGCUUCACCUGGACUCUUAGCCAAUCACAGGUUGACUCAGGAUCGCUGCACGCUGGUAGCAUUCUGUCCGAGACUUUGCCAGUAGUGCACGCUAACUGCACGGACUUGAAACCCGCUUUGACACAACUGCCUUAUCCUGUGUGCGUCUUUACAAAACCACACACCUCAAUGUACAUCUCAAUCCUGCAGUUGUAUAUCCAAUAAAUACUUCCAAUGAAGAAAUCUUGCGUGAUUCUGACCGAUCACCGCUGUGAGCUCUAUCUAAUGAUCCACAAACUAUCAAAAUUCAAAGAAGCCAGUUCUCUUCUAAACUAAGUGGUCCUUCGAGCCGGAUCCAGAGCCUGCAGCGGAGCAAGAUGUCUACCACCUCGGAUAACGAGUAUAGUCCACGAUCUAGGAGGCAGCGGUCCCUCCCUAACUACUUGCAAGAUUAUGACUUGUCUGAUAUCCCGAACAGAUCUCAAACCAUGAAGCCUUCCGAGUCACAGCCUAGGGAGCGGCUAGACGAAGAGGACCACAGCAGACCUGAUUCACGCUCUGCACCACCAGAAAGUCAGUUGUACCACAGCCCAGCGGGACGGUCAGUCACUGAUAAAUGUGAAUAUUCUGCAGAUGAGUGGAGAAGGGAGUGCAGCAUACUAGAGCGUGAAAGGGAAGAUCUUCUAGCAUCAGUUGAAGAAUUAAAAAUACAGAACGAGCAGCUCAGAGCCAGGGCGGAGCCCAGCAAUUCCAGUUCAGAGCCACGUACUGUGGCUGCCAGAGAUAGACUUUACAGAGAAGGGCUGGAAUACGGAGGUGCUUCAACACAGUACAAAUCAGUCUACUUCCGAGACAGGGAGACACCACCACAACGGUCCUCUGACAGGCGUCAGGACUACAGGGAAACAACCAGGAAUGACUCUCCCUCACCUAAACGCUCGCCAGAGCCAGAACUCAGCAAGCACCAGGCUUCGCGACGAAGCUAUGAGUCCAGAGAAGGGCAUUACAGUUCUCAACAUAAUUAUGAGCAGUGUAGCCACCGCCGCUCACCUGAGCGCUAUGCCAGCUACAGAGCCUCUUGUCAUUCCUCCAGAGAAUACAGAGAACCAUCAUGCCGAGGUGACUACUCUCCUGCAUGCCGCUUCAGCUACUCUCCAGAUCAGCGUGAGAGACGUAGUUCCCCUUCACCUUGGCACGAGCCCAGAUGUAAACGCUCAGUGACUCCCCUGGUGGACAGGAAAAAAACAUACACAGGGCCUACUCCUACAAUCCCGAACUUCAACCGUCCUAACCCAAGAGACUUUGCGAGACUCCGUAUUGCCUUAGACAAUCUCCUUCCUAGAGAAGCCACUGAACGUUUCAAGUUCCAGAUAUUAGUGGAUCAUCUGAAGCUGGAGGAAGCAUUGCUGGUGGCAGAUUCUUACAGUAAUUCUGACUACCCCUUCACUGACACUAUGGCAGCUUUAAACCAGCAGUACGGACAGCCACACCAACUCGCCCUUCAGCGUAUUGCCGAACUGAUAGAUGGCCCCAAUAUUCAGAGUGGAGACAUCAAGUCAUUCAGGUUGUUUGCCCUGACCAAAAACAUUUCACCUGCACUGAGCCAGAGGAUCUGACGGGCUGUCCGUAAAAACACAGGGCGAUCCUCAACCCAAAUGAAGGCCCUUACUGAUGCAGACUGCAAGCCAAUAACCAUAAGACGGCAUCUGUGAGAGAAGGGGCUUCAAGAACAAAAAACGUCUGCAAAAGCCACAUCUCCUUCAAUGCCACAAUCUUGCCCGUUUGGAAUUUGCAAGGGAGUAAUAACACACGAGACAUUGAAGGGUGGAAAAAGUUGUAUUCUCUGAUAGGAAAACAUGUAACCUGGACGGUCCUGAUGGCUUUCAACGUUUCUAGCAUGACAAUGAGUCAUUCUUUUGGACCAUCCUGCAUGUUCCCCUGAUCUAAAUUCCAUUGAGAACGUUUGAGGAUGGAUGGCAAGGGAUGUUUACACAAACGACGUCAGCCAUCUUCACCACAUGGAGCAACGUUGCGACCAGCCUCCAGGAAUCAUUCGUAUGAAGCCUACCGACACCAGUGUUUGAAGUGAUCAACAAGAACGGUGCGGCUACUCACUACAGAGUCCAUUUUUGACACGUUUAGUUCUGUUUUUUUUGGGGGGGGGGGGGCUAUGGCCUUAAACGUUUGAUCAGCUGAUGAACAACCUGUUUGAGUUUAAAUGAAGUUUUCAUUAAAUUGCCUACUCUGUUAUUUGUCUCUUGCUCACGUUUCUAGUUUUGGCAUUUUAAAGCAGUACUUACAACACUGGUUAGGAUCCACCAACGAGAAAUGUGAAUUCUUCUAAUGUUUACCCAUGUCUUAAGAUUUGGUUCAGGAGUGUAUACAUACUUUAUAAAAUACAAAUUCUCUGUUCUUGUAUCACAGCAGUCAUGUUUGUUGUUUGAGAUUACGUGCACAUCGGCACACUUAUUAUACUAAAUCAUGUUUCUGGAGGCCCAUACCCCACAUCCAGACAUAAAGGGACGUUGGAAUGUUCGAAAACAGUAUAACGUAUCUCAGCAAUUUCAAGCUUUGUUUUUCACCCCAAACGCAGAAAGAAAACGCAAUUCGCUCGGACUAUGCCGUGCCAU